AUGGCCUACAAAGGUCAGUUUGAGAGUCAACAGAGAAAUCAGGGGACAUUUUCCAUACAUGUGAAAACCUGUGAAGAAAAGACCACGCAGAGUCAUUCCGCAACCCCUACUCUUCAUCAAAUAAUUCCUACAAAGGAAAAAUUGUACAAAUGUAAGGAAUGUAGACAAGCCUUCCGUUACCUGUCAUGCCUUAUUCAGCAUGAGAAAACUCAUAAUAAAGAAAAACAUUCUGAAGUUAAGAAAUGUAGGAAGACCUUUAGCAAAAAACCAAGCUAUGGUCCACAUCAGAGGAUUCAGACUGGUGAGAAACCAUAUGAGUGUAUGGAAUGUGGCAAGUCCUUUGGUCGUAGUUCUGAUCUGAUUCAACAUCAGAAAAUUCAUACUAAUGAAAAACCCUAUCAGUGCAAAUCAUGUGGGAAAGCUUUCAUUCGUGGCUCACAGCUCACUGAACAUCAGAGAGUUCAUACAGGAGAGAAACCCUAUGAAUGUAAGAAGUGUGGAAAAGCCUUUAGUUAUUGUUCACAGUAUAUUCUGCAUCAGAGAACUCAUAGUGGUGAAAAACCUUAUGAAUGUAAAGAAUGUGGAAAGGCUUUUAUUCUUAGCUCUCAACUUACUUAUCAUCAGAGAAUUCAUAGUGGUGAAAAACCCUAUGAGUGUAAGGAAUGUGGAAAAUCCUUUAUUCUUGGUUCACACCUUACUUAUCAUCAGAGAGUGCAUACUGGUGAAAAGCCUUAUAGAUGCAAAGAAUGUGAGAAAGCUUUUUUAUGUGCCUCUCAUCUUACUGAGCAUCAGAGAGUUCAUACAGGUGAGAAACCCUAUGAAUGUAAAGAAUGUGGCAAGGCCUUUUUUCGGGGAUCACACCUUACAUACCAUCUGAGAGUUCAUACAGGUGAGAGACCUUAUAAAUGUAAAGAAUGUGGAAAAGCUUUUAUUUGUAAUUCUCAUCUCACUCAACAUCAGAGAAUUCAUACUAAUGAAAAACCCUACAAAUGUAAAGAAUGUGAAAAGGGCUUUAAUUGUUGCAGACAGCUUAGUGAGCAUCAGAGAGUUCAUACAGAUGAGAAACCCUAUGAAUGUAAGGAAUGUGGGAAGGCCUUUAUUCGUGGUUCACACCUUACUGAACAUCAGAAAACUCAUACUGGGGAGAAGCCUUAUGAAUGUAGGGAAUGUGGAAAGGCCUUUAGUCAUGGAUCAUAA